UUCUUCGCGGAGGAACCAGGAGGUAAAAGCCUCGUCACCCCGAUUCCACGCGACUUGAGUGACAAGAAUCGCAAUUUUUCGACGUCUGAAUUCCGCGGACGCUGUGGAGUUGGGGAGAGAAAAAAAAAAAAAAAAAGAAAAACUAACAAGUGCUGAAAGAAGUCGACGACGAUGAAGGGUGCUUUAGUUUUUUUGUGCGCGAGUUUGGUGAUCUGCCUCGCAGGGGUCGAGGCGAUGGGCAAGUACAGAGGACUCGAAUUCCUUGAGCCCUGCUCCAGGCGGAGCCCGCACUUAGAAGCAUGCUUGGCUCGUUCGGCCAACAUCCUCACGGAACACUUCAAACAUGGACUUCCUCAACUCGGCUUCAACGAGGUUGAACCUAUCAUUCUUGACGAACUUCACAUCGCUCUUGGCGGCGGUCCGGAUGGAUACAGGGCUCAGUUCAGGGACGUCGAGGCCAAGGGUGUCUCGGCGCUACGCGUAACAGGUCUCAGGGCGCGAAUCACCGAUGACGAAGUUCAGGUUCAGCUCGCCCUGAGCAUUCCCAGGAUCAGGGCCAAGGCCAAUUACCGAUCCAGCGGGAAGUUGAUUUUGGUUCAGGCCAGCGGCGCCGGCGAUUACUGGGGCGAAUACGAGGGUGUAAAAGCCAAGGUGUUCAUCAGAGCCAAGCCUACUCCAAUCGGUGGCAGACAGUACUUGCAUCUUCAGCAGCUCAAGAUGGACUUUAGCGUGCAAAACAUUAAAAUGGGUGUGGAAAACGUCCACGACGGAAACACGAUUCUUCAGGCUGCCCUCAACCUGUUCAUCAACAGUAACAGCCAGGAACUGCUCAAGGAGAUGAAACCGGACCUCAGACGGAAACUCGUCCAGGUGAUGACGGCCUUCGUCGAGAAGUUAUUCGACCAGGUACCGUACGACGCGUGGAUCGAGGAUUAGACCCGUCAAUACACUUGGAAAUCAUACAAAUAUAGAAUAAUACAGGACCGAGGCUCCUCGCCUCGAAGGAAAGUCAGUUCCCCCAGACUCAGGCGCAAGUCACACUUCGUCCGGUCAUU